GACAUAUAAACAGUAGAUGCCGCAUUGGCUGCUGGGGCGCAAGAAAUACGGCCGCCAUCUUGGACCGGUCAUCCUACCCAUAUUGUACAGACAUUCUACCCAUAGACAGCAGAGGUUUCAAGAUGCCAGAGCACUGUGCGGCGUAUUGCUGUGCAAAUCGGCGAACGAUUACGAACAGGGGUCGGGGGAUUACUUUUCACAAGUUUCCCAAAGACAAAGAUAUGAGGAAGAAGUGGGAAGUUGCUUUGAGGAGGGAAGGGUUCACUGCAAGCGAGUCAUCUGUGAUUUGCAGUGAGCAUUUUAAGCAGGACGAGUUUGACAGGACAGGACAGAUUGUCCGACUCAGAGAUGGUGUUAUUCCCUCCAUCUUCAGCUUCCCGGUUCACCUCCAAAGACCGGAAAAGGGCAGGACUACGUCUCCUUCCAGAAAAGCUGAAGAGAGCCUGUCUGUGGCCCCUCAGGACGACCCAGAAGCUUCAACCUCACACUCACAACCUCAGCCUAAUGAUGAUCAUAGCUAUGUCUUGCCUGCUUCUCCUACUGCUCUUAAGGCCAGACUCAAUGAAGCUUUAGCAAGAGUGGAGAGUCUUGAGCGAGAGAGGAAGAAUGCCAUGGCUAGAGAAAAGAGGGCAAAGACCACAGUGAGGAGUCUUUUGGGGGAUUUGAGGGAAAAGAACCUCAUUAAUGAAGAACUCAAAGAGAGGCUUGAUUUCUACUCAGAUCUUCAAAUAGACUUCAAGGCAAAGCAGGGCCAUGAGUACUCAAAGGACCACAGAGAGUUUGCCCUCACACUCCAUCUACAUGGUCCAAAGACAUACAAAUACCUCAGAGAGACUACAAAUCUUCCCCUCCCUCAUCCACAUACAUUACAAAGGUGGCUGUGUUCGGUGGAUGGCAAGCCUGGCCUGAACAAGAUGAUGCUGGAUAUGCUGGAGAGAAGAUGCCAGGAAGACCAGGCUAAAUAUGGAUGUGUUGCACUCAUGUUGGAUGCCAUGGCCAUCAGAAAACAAUAUAAUCCACAUAACCAGUCGAUGUCUGGUUUUGUAGGCUGGGUGAUGGAAACAAUGAGACCGAUGUUGCUACUGAGGCUCUUGUGUUCAUGGUGGUUGGCCUACAAGGACAUUGGAAGGCUCCCAUUGCAUAUUACCUGACGAAGUCUCUGUCACCUGAAACACAAAGGGUCCUUCUCAGUCAUGCUUUGGAGGAGCUGCAUGCACGGGGCAUUCGGGUGGUAUCUGUCACGAUGGAUGGGCAUGCCUCCAAUGUCAGCAUGUGCAACCAACUUGGGUGUGAGCUGAAGGGAAACCCACAGGAGCCACUUCAAACCAGUUUCCCGCAUCCCUCGACUGGUGACAAAGUAUUUGUAAUGAUGGAUGCAUGCCACAGGCUGAAGUUGGCACGUAAUAUGUUGCAGGCAAACAGUCCAAUUGCAACGACCACCGGACAGAUCAAGUGGAGGUUCAUCAAUCAUCUCAAUGAUGUGCAAAAAAAAGACGGACUGCAUGCUGCCAAUAAAAUCACAGACAAACAUGUCUACUUUGAGAACCACAAGAGGAGGGUGUCCCUGGCUGCACAAACACUGAGUCGCUCCGUGUCAGUUGCUCUAAAGACUGUGAGGCAACGGCAGAAUUCAUUGAGGUAAACAGUUAGUGAUUAUAGAACCAAGUACGUGUUGAUUUUAAAUAAUUGAUCAAAAUGUGAUUUGAGCAUCAGGAACAAUUUGUUGAUAAUUCUCUAAGUUCAACAUGCAAAUAUUUUCAUGAACCGUGAUAUUGCAUAUUCAUAAAUACAAAAGUUUGUAUAUAACCUUACACAUACCUUCACACAUUUUAGAGUGGUAAAGCUCUGUGUGCUGUAGCACAAAGCAGGCCUAUGGAGAGAAGGAAGUCAAGCAAAUACUAAGUUUGCAUGUUGAACAUACAGUUUAGAAAUAAGUACUCUGUUCUCUUUAUAUCUUGAAUAGAUGAGUAUUGAUUACAACUAUCUGAUACCUAAUGAAACACUGUAAUGAUAGUGAUUUAGAUGCCGAUAUUUCUUUAUAGAUUAUUGACAGGCUGUUUGACACAAUGAAUGGACGCAAUCCUCGUGCCAAAGGAUUCAAAUCUCCCUUGGGUGCUUUGAAUUGGAUAGAGAGGAAAGCAUUUUUGUCAAGAGCCAGGGAGUACUUGCUCACUUUGGUGACAAAAGAUGGAACACCACUUCACCGAUCUAAGAGGUCUAUUCAAAUAGUGCUUGUUAUUCAUGCAUGAAAAGUUCACGACAUGAGUUCAACGAUACUCUGUUCCGUUAUGCAUCGAGUUCAUAAGAUGCUCUGUUCUCUACAUCAGGUUCAUAUGAUGCUACUGUUACAAUGUGUUUUCCUUUAGUUUGGUCUGCUAACAUGAUGCUCUUUUAUUUCAAUGUUUUUCAAUCUGCAGUUUUGUUUCUAUUUGAAUGAUCUUGUAUUCAGUGUUUUUGAGGUCCCAGAUGCUUCUAAAUAGUAUGUAUUACACAACAUCAAGUUUUGCAGGUGUCAGAAGGAGGGUAUGUAUGUUGAAAUGAUGUUCUCUUGUUUCAAUGUUUUUCAAUCUGCAGUUUUGUUUCUAUUUGAAUUAUCUUGUAUUCAGUGUUUUUGAGGUCCCAGAUGCUUCUAAUGGUACGUAUUACACACCAUCAAGCACAUGUAGGUGUCAAAAUGGUAUGUAUUGCAUGUGUUCUUGUUCUCAAGUUAUCCCAGUUCUGCAAUUACAUUGUUCCUAGUUAGCUAAGUGUCCUACAAGUAUACUGUAUAUGUUUUGCCAUGAUCAGAGUAAUAAAAUGUUUUUCUUUUGCAGGUACUUGUCAGUCAUCGGAUUUGUCAUUAACAUCGACACGUUGAUGCUGAUGAUUCCUGAACUGCUCCAAGUUCAGCGGUAUGUCCUCACCUACAGGUUCAGCCAGGAUCACUUGGAGCUCCUAUUUAAUUCCAUCAGAGCGUCAGGUGGCUGGAAUAACAAUCCAUCUGCAUGCCAGUUCCAGGCCAUCUUCUGCCGUCUGAUGGUUCGGUGUUUCAUAGUGAGACAGGCAAUGUGGCAGCCCAAGAUCACACUGUGUCCCUGUCUGCGGUAGAAAUGUCCUCUGCUGAAACUGCUGAAGAGCACCCAUCUCCAUUCGCCAACAUUUCGGCUGUUGUGAGUGACCACAGCUAUCUUCCCACUCGGUUUGGUGGUCUGGUGGAAAAUGCGCUGGUCUACAUCGCAGGAUUUGUAGUCCGGCAGAUUCUGCGAAAGCUGUCCUGUGAUGUGUGCCGUGCAAGCUUGGUCAGAGAUGCUGUACCUUCAUCAUUUGAUGAGAGCUACCACCUUCUAGCCCUGAAAAACAACGGUGGCCUAGUGAUUCCAUCACAAGGCACAGUGAAGGUGCUGAGAGCUGCAGAGAGGGUGAUUCGCCAAGCUUCAACAAGGCAAGCUCCAAAGGUGUCGACAGUCACCUACAUCGUCCGGGAGGAGAUUGGAACGGAGGAUGUUUUUCAGCUUGGGGAACACAUUGAGGAGACGCAGUUUGGUAUCGACAACCAUUAUUCCAACUUGUUGUCAUUGGUUGUGUCUGUGUUUCUGAAAUUAAGACUACACCACAUUGCCAAACUCACCUCUGUUGACCUGCAGAAAGGGAGCACGAGAAAGAAGCUCUGCAAAACAGUCCUCUUUCAGGGCUUUUAGCUCAUUUAAACUUUCAUGAGCAACUUUGUGUAAAUAUGGUUUGGGGCGGGGUGGUGUCAUGUUCUUGUGUUUAACUUGAACAUUUACAUUUUUUAUAUAGAUAUAGAUGUAGAUUUUCAUUUUUUCUGACAUAGAUAUUCAUUUUUACUGAUUGUGAAGUAAAAACUUCUUUGCAGCAAUGUUGAGCCAAUCAUCAAAUGAGGGAAACUGGAUUCGCCUGUCAAUACACUGAUAUUUAUUGAGAGACAGACGGCCGGAGAGAAUCACAGUAUAAUACAGUUCUCCUGUAAGAUACCAGCCAACUCUCAAGACAAAAGCGCCAAGAACCCAUCUAUAUGUAAGAAGAGGAGGGCCCUAAAACACGCGGGUUUUCCUUUAAUGCAUGCCAGAUGUCGAGACAAAGACUCGUUGUAUUGCAAACCCACAUGAGCCAAGCUUCUCCCCCGACAAGACAUCAGAUGACCUCUUGACCUGUGUCUUCCUGAGAAGCUAUGGAUCACAUUACAGGCAGGAAUACACUUUAACCAUUAAACAGAUUCCUGAGGACAAGUCACUAAACUCUAUAUACUUUAACAAGACUAAAAUAUUCCUUUACAGAUCCACCCUUUUAUCAAUGAUAUCUAUGAUCUAUGAUAAUCAAUUAACAUUAGUCUAAAGAAUAUUUCAGUCAAUACUUAAGUCAAUAAGCGUCUUCAGAGUUGUGUGGGCUCACUCACAUUAAUUACAUCAA